AUGGUUAACAAGUUCGAGUUACAGACCAUCUACUUGAUACUGGAUAUCUCACAACUGAGACUCUAUACCAUUUACAUAUCUAUCUAUCUAUCUAUCUAUCUAUCUAUCUAUCUAUCUAUCUAUCUAUCUAUCUAUCUAUCUAUAUUCUCUCUUUUGCCAAACACAGCUGUUUCGACACCCGUCUGUCCCAAAGCUCGUCUAUCCCCAAACCUAUCUGUUCCCAAGCCUGAAUGUCCCCAAACUCAUCUGUCCCUAAACCUCUAUUUCUCUAAACCCGUCUGUCCCCAAACCCGUCUGUUCCUAAGUCAGUCUUUCUCCAAAUCCGAUCGUCCGUCCUCAAACUCGAAUAUCCCCAAACACCCUGUCUGUUUCCAAACCUUCUGUCCCAAGCCUGUCUUCCCCAAGCCCGUGUGUCCCCAAACCCGUCUGUUCCUAAACCUGUCUUUACCUAAACCCGUGUCCCAAAACCCGAAUGCUCUCAAAGUCCCUGUUUUACCUCAAGCCCGUCUGUCCUCAAAACCGUCUGUUCCAGAACCCGUCUGUCCCCAAACCCGUAUGUUCCUAAACCUGUCUUUCCUUAAACUCGUGUCCCCAAACCCGAAUGCCCUCAAACUCGUCUUUCCCCAAACCCGUCUGUCCCCAAGCCUGUCUUUCUCUAAAUCCUUCUGUCCCCAAACCUGUCGUUUCCUAAACCCUUCUUUCCCCAAACUUGUCUUUCCCCAGCCUCGUCUGCAUUCAAGCCCAUCUGAACGCUGUCUGGAUGUCAAGUUGCAUGCUGUGUAUACCUUGUGGAAUGAUGUGCGUACUUGUAUAUGUCUAUCUUCAAAAGAGGUCAGCACAUGA